GCGGCGGCGGCGGCUCCGGCGACAUGUGCGGCGGGCGGGGAGGCAUCUGGCUAGUUCUGGCCGCGGCGCUGCUACACGUGUCCCUGCAAGGAGAGUUCCAGAGGAGGCUGUACAAGGAGCUGGUCAAGAACUACAACCCGCUGGAGAGGCCGGUGGCCAACGACUCGCAGCCGCUCACCGUGUACUUCUCCCUGAGCCUCCUGCAGAUCAUGGAUGUGGAUGAGAAGAACCAAGUUUUAACCACCAACAUUUGGCUACAAAUGUCUUGGACAGAUCACUAUUUGCAGUGGAACAUGUCUGAGUACCCCGGAGUGAAGAAUGUUCGUUUUCCAGAUGGCCAGAUUUGGAAACCAGACAUUCUCCUCUAUAACAGUGCUGAUGAACGCUUCGAUGCCACAUUCCACACCAAUGUCUUGGUGAAUGCAUCUGGGCAUUGCCAGUAUCUCCCUCCAGGCAUCUUCAAGAGCUCCUGCUACAUUGAUGUACGCUGGUUCCCUUUUGAUGUACAGCAGUGCAAACUGAAGUUUGGGUCCUGGUCCUAUGGAGGGUGGUCCUUGGACCUGCAGAUGCAAGAGGCAGAUAUCAGCAGCUAUAUCCCCAACGGUGAAUGGGAUCUCAUGGGAAUCCCUGGCAAAAGGAAUGAGAAGUUCUAUGAGUGCUGCAAAGAGCCUUACCCAGAUGUCACCUACACAGUAACCAUGCGCCGCAGGACACUGUACUAUGGCCUUAACCUGCUCAUCCCCUGCGUGCUCAUUUCAGCCCUAGCUCUGCUGGUAUUCUUGCUGCCUGCAGACUCUGGAGAGAAAAUCUCUCUUGGGAUAACUGUCUUACUUUCUCUGACUGUCUUCAUGCUGCUUGUGGCUGAGAUCAUGCCAGCAACAUCUGAUUCCGUGCCCUUGAUAGCACAGUACUUCGCCAGCACUAUGAUCAUCGUGGGCCUCUCUGUGGUGGUGACAGUGAUUGUGCUGCGAUAUCACCACCAUGACCCUGAUGGUGGCAAAAUGCCUAAGUGGACCAGGAUCAUUCUUCUGAACUGGUGUGCAUGGUUUCUGCGCAUGAAGAGGCCCGGAGAAGACAAGGUGCGGCCAGCUUGUCAGCACAAGCCUCGGCGCUGCAGCCUGGCCAGUGUAGAGCUGAGCGCAGGUGCUGGACCACCCACCAGCAAUGGCAACCUGCUCUACAUUGGCUUCCGAGGCCUGGAGGGCAUGCACUGUGCCCCAACUCCAGACUCUGGGGUUGUGUGUGGUCGUCUGGCCUGCUCCCCAACACAUGAUGAGCACCUCAUGCAUGGUACGCACCCCUCAGAUGGGGACCCCGACCUGGCCAAGAUCCUGGAGGAGGUCCGCUACAUCGCCAACCGCUUCCGCUGCCAGGAUGAGAGUGAGGUGAUCUGCAGUGAGUGGAAGUUUGCAGCCUGUGUGGUGGACCGCUUGUGCCUCAUGGCCUUUUCGGUCUUUACCAUCAUCUGCACCAUCGGCAUCCUUAUGUCAGCCCCAAACUUUGUGGAGGCUGUGUCCAAAGACUUUGCUUAAUGUUAUCAUGUAGGAAGUGAACAGAUUGGAAGAGAAUCUGGAGGAUGAGAACUGGGUUCCUAACUCCACAUUGUGAUAAAUGGAAGAACUCUGAGGUAUCCCUGUAGCUGUCGGUCUUGAGAUUUAUUUUCCUGGUUACUUUAACUAAAAAGAUCCCAGCAGCCUUCUGUUUUCUCUUCUAGCACUUAUCACUGGCAUAUCGUUGUAUUCUGCAGGAGCACUAUUUGGUCAUUUGCCCACUCUGGAUAGCCCAAUAGGGUAGAUCUUAGUGACUCUAGUAGCACAGUAGAGACUUGUCCUGUUGGUGGUUCAUGCCUUCAUGCCCCUUGUUAUGGGCUCACAGGAGAGUUGACAGUCUGCCUUUGCCAUGCACAGACCCAGGCUGAAACCAAUGCAGCACACUUCCCACCAGAUCUAUUUCAACAACUUCCUUGCAAGAGGAAGGCAAAUACAAAUUUAAACUACAAACUUCUCUGCUAGUUUCUCUGUGAUUCAACUUACAUGUAUCUAUCUAUCUAUCUAUCUAUCUAUCUAUCUAUCUGUCUGUCUGUCUAUCUAUCAUCUGUUUAUCUAUCUAUGUAUCUAUGUAUUUAUCUAUCAUCUGUCCGUCUAUCUAUCUAUCUAUCUAUCUAUCUAUCUAUCUAUCUAUCUAAUCUAUCUUUGCCUUUACUAAUGACAACUUUAUACCAGGGAGAAAGUUGGCCUUCUAAAUGAUGUUUAGAACAAGCUAAUUCCUAUAGAUUUGUCCCGACAAUUAAAUUAUUGCACAGGUUGUGUCAGUUCAAAACUAGGACUCACCCUAACCAAAAGGGUUUUGAGGCUUUGACUCCUGUAGAUCUUAGAUGACCCCCAAGCUUCACGCUGCUUCCAUGUCCUGGGGAGUUAAGUGAGUUUGUUUGUAUAAAAUCUGAAGGGCAAAUAGAGUUCUGAGCUCUAUAACUAUUAACUAAGGAGUAGUUGAAGCUUACCUCAAAUGUGUGUGUGUGUGUAUGUAUGUGUGUUUUUGCUGAUAACAAACGUGUGUUAGUUGCUCUGCAUGUCAGACUCCACAAGUCUUAGAACUUUUUGCCUCUGUGCUGCUGCACAGCAAGUGCACGUACCCUAUGGCCUUUCCCCAUGUGGGAGCUUGAGGGAGGCAGUUUAGUCCCAUCUGGGCUCCUGUGUGACAGGAGCUAUGGAGAGAUGAUUUCUCUGAUCACUCAUCUAGAUACAAAGCUGGUAGUCUCAGGAUUUGGCUUCUGAGGAUCUGCCUUCCCAUGGCUUCAGAUGCAAAGCUCUCUUGGGAUCAGUGCAUGGAUUCACUGGAGAUGGGCUGGGGGUGAUGUUGUUUGUAUGUUUUUAUUUUUCUUCUGAGCUAGGGUCCCUCUGCCUGUAUAGCUCAUACUAGUCUGUUUGCACUUCAUAUCUUUAUUUGUUAAUGAGGUGAGCGGAUUUUUCACCAAGAAAAACUCUUUCUGUUUGAUAGUGUUGUUGAAUUUCUCGAGAAUUAGAGCUACAUGAAGCUUCUGUAGCUCCCAGAAAUUUUAAGCUUCUGACUCUAGAAAUGAAAUCAUGAGAGAAGUUUAGAUUUCUCGGAAAAAAAUAAACAAGCAAACAAAAAUUCACAUUUUUCACUCCAUUAAUUUCAUUAUAGGAAGAUGAAGGCUUGGUGGUGCCCUGUGUAUAUGUGGGCAUAUGCAUGUAUGCAGUGUGUGUGUGUGUGUGUGUGUGUGUGUGUGUGUGUGUGUGUGUGUGUUUAGUUGAAGAGAGGAGAUAGUGUAGAGUAACAUGGAUAAAUCUGGAGACUUGAUUUCAUAUACCCACCAUCUGGAGCAGAGUUAUUCCCAGCAUCUGUCACAUACAGUAUCAACAAAUGGUAUAAAAUAUUUUGCUGGUAUUAUGCUUUUUGAUUAAAGUAACUAGAAACAAAUAGAUAUGUUUUGAUACCUAAAGACCAGGCCUUGUGUUUUACUGUUAAAAAUUGAACUCUAGCCAUUGCUUUGACUAUCUGAGUAAUUAUUGUCAUUAUAAAAAUAAUGAUAAAGAAUAGCUGUGCUCAUAGUUAGGUGUGUAUGGUUCAGAUUAUCUCUCCUUGCUUCCAUUUCCUCCUAGGGGCAGUUUUAGAGAAAAACGAAGAAAAGGUGGGAACAGAGAGAGGGAGGAGAGCAUGGAGAGACUUUGUUGUUGCUUUCCUAGAACUCAUGUUUGAAAGGUGCUAGGCGCCUAGUCUUUUGUCCUAGAGAGCUUUCCAUAAUGGUCUAAAGGUCUACCUCAUUCUUCUUAAUAGUUGCUUAGAGUUCCCCUCCAUUUGUGGCUUAUAAUCUAUUGGAUCAGCCUUUUAGUGAUUAACACAUAGCUGCAACAUUUCCAUGUUUUAUUUUUAUACACAAGUCUAUAGUUACCAUUUUGGUGCAUAAUUUGCCAAAGUUUUUGUGUAUAAAUUCCAGUUUAGAAAUGGAACUACUGGAUCUAAGACUAUGUGAGACUUUGGAUAAGUACACUCAGAUGGUCCUCCAUGAACUGGUCAGUGGAUACCCCUAGCCAAAGUUAAAGGGCCAGAUUCUCAGCUUUAUGCUGUUAAAUAUUUUCAUAUUUAAUUUUCCCUUCCCGAUCUGACAGGUACAAAUGAUGAGGCAAAUCCAUUCUGAUUUUAGUUCAUUUUAUCAUGA